ACGACGCUGGUCUAUGCUGACAGCUCCCAGUAAACUAUCGUCUCAUCAUUAUACAUUGUCGGAAUAUCAUAAUCUCUCCACUCACGUCUCCAAGUUGUAUGGUUCCACUGCAUUAAUAAACAUUGUUUAUUUAUAUGUUCUUUACCUGUCUAUUAUAUAUAUAAGAUCAACCGCUCACUCGACCAGUAGUUCAUUUUGCUGAUUUAUAGGACAUCGCUCUCAGUCUAUCGAUAUCAUCUAACAAAUCCGCGGGAAAAAGUUUCCGCCGAGAGAAAACUUUUCGUGGAUGCACAUGCGCAGAAGGGUGCUCCGUCAUCGACUUAGGGGUUAAACCCACUUCAAUCUCUGAUUUCCUGGCCUAACCGUGGUGCAAGAAACAGAUAAUAAAAUUUUCUUGGGGUUUAUCAUCGUUUUUUUUUCUGAAGCAGCAAGACGACAAGUUCAUCGGAGAGGGGGGAAAAGUCAGAAAAAGAGAAAUUACAUGGGGUGAGAUCAUAGAUUUUUUCCUAAAACAUUCAUCAAAGUGGCGGGUUGGUUGAUGAGCGAGAGCAUAGCACGUCGAUUGCAUCAACACUAUAAUUACUUUCUAGAGCCGACUGUUGAUCCAUCCAGUAGCGACUGCCACCUUGACAAGCUCGCCGUAACUUCAGGCGUACCAAUCGUGCAAUUCACCGUCUUCUAUUCCCGUUGAAACCACCUCCUCUCCAACGGUAGGUGAAAGUAAGACUUUGAUAGGAUGUACCACUCUUCGUUUGGAUCAGACCAUGCUGCUGUCCCUCGGAUAGGUGACAACACCCUUCCGUUUGGCCUGGGCCUCGGGGCUAUGGGUACUAAGCUAUCCCCACCCUCCACGUCCAGUGGUCCGAUUACGACGCAAGACGACAUCAUCCACCACACCGCUCCUCCUCAUCGUCAACCGAUGUCGCCCGAGAGCGCGAGUGGGGAGAUGAUCCUUCCUGAAGCGCCGUCAGCGAACACGGUUGGGAGGUCACUGGGUGGCGGAGUGGCUGGAGGGCCACGGACGGGACUUGAACUAGGUGGUCAGCUCGUCGCUGGUUUACCUACUCCAUUGGAACGGUCUUUGAGUACGACGACGGACAUGGAUCCCCUCGAGUCACCGUCAUCGAGGGCUGCAAUGGGGUCUGUGGGCUGUGACGAAAUAGCGCCAUCUCCCGGCGGAAUGAGAGAUGAUCCCGACGCAGUGAUAUUGGAUGAUAACGGCGAGGAAGUCAAAGGUAAGCGAUAGGUAUACUGAAAUUAAUUAAUGCUCGUGAUCAUUUCUCAUUUUCACUCUUUCAGUAAGCAAUUUUAUAUAUUUUAUUCAUUAGAUUAUUCUUCUUCUCUGCAAUAAUUCCAUCGUCUAUAUCUCAUCAGAUUCCAAACUCUAUGUCUGUUUAUUUUUUUCUGCUCCAU